AUGCCACCUCCAAAGGAUGGCAGCCUGCUGGGCCAGCCAUGGUAUGCAGGGAACUGUGACCGGCUUGCUGUUGAGAGGGCCCUGCUUCGCUUCCAAAAGGAUGGAGCCUACACAGUGCGCCCAAGCUCAGGGCCUCACCGCUGUCAGCCCCUCACCCUGGCGGUGCUCCUCAGAGGCCGGGUGUUCAACAUUCCCAUCCGGCAGCUGGAGGGCGGGGGCCACUAUGCUCUGGGCCGGGAGGGCAAGAGCCAUGAGGAGCUCUUCCCCUCUGUGGCGGCCAUGGUCCAGCACUAUGCAAAGCAUCCGCUACCUCUGGUGGACAGACACAGCGGUGGCCGGGAGCUCACCUGCCUGCUGUUCCCCACCAAGCCCUAA